UUCAAGAAAAGGUUAUAUAGAUAUCGAUGCCUUCGAAGAGCAUCCGAGAUAUCCUUUCACCAGGUCUUAACCACUUACAGACACUUCAUUGAAGUAAAAAUUGUCAACAUGCUCUUUCAAACCACCGCUGUCACCGCCAUUCUGGCUUCUCUGUGCGCCGCGCAGACACUCAACAUUCCUUCCCGCAGCGGCAACAUUGUAUCCCUUCCUCAGGCUAGCACCAUCUCAGGAAGCAAAGACAUGGGCAACAAGGAGUUUGACAGAGGUCGCGCCUGCAACACAGACGACGAUACCGGUAGUAACAAUGCUGUUUUCAUUCUUGAGAAUGGCGCUACACUGAGCAACGCCAUCAUUGGCGCUAAUCAGCUUGAGGGUGUACAUUGCAAGGGUGCUUGCACCUUGAUCAAUGUCUGGUUCCGAGCUGUCUGCGAAGAUGCGAUUUCCGCUCUCGGUAGUGGAAAUGUCCUCAUUCAGGGUGGCGGCGCUCAGAAUGCAAAGGACAAGGUCGUUCAGCACAACGGCCGCGGAACUGUGACGAUCAAAGACUACACAGUUGUUACCGCAGGCAAAUUGUACCGCUCCUGCGGCAACUGCAGCAACAACGGUGGCCCUCGCAACGUGGUCAUCCAAAAUGUGAAGGCCAAGAGUGUCUCCGAGCUCGCUGGUAUCAACUCCAACUACGGCGAUGUUGCCACCAUCUCCGGAUCUUGUGGAACCAGUGUAAAGAAAGCUUGCCAGGAAUACAAGGGCAUUGAAAAGAAUGGUGGCCAGGAUCCAGUCAAGCUUACGACAACUGCUAACUGCAGAGGAGCUCAGGGACUCUCUCUGCCGUCUUGUUAA